AUAGCUGUCCGUUUCUACUAUUCACCGACUGCUGCAUGCUGUGCGACCUCUGAAAAUAUCUUUCACUCUCCUUCGGUCGCAACCCGGACACGUUUUUAAUCUCGGUCCAUUCAAACCGUAGACAGGAGCUGGUUGCCCCGCGUGUCACUGGCAACGAUACAGAGCUUCAAGGGACCUGGUCCAUAUCUGCAUUCCACGAUGUCUUCGGCCCUGAAGCGGCUAUCUUCCCUGGCCUCGCAUUUCGCGCCGUCCUCGAGCUCUCCCACCGUUGCGGACAACUCAAAGGACGAAUUCAUUCAUUCCUUUCAUACCCAUCAACUUAGUCCGACACUUUUCUUGCCCAGAGCUGCGAGUAUCGAACCAGAAGCCAUUGCCGUGUACCACAAGACUGCGAACGAGAAGACGCUCCGAAGGACAUAUCAGCAGACCGCCGACAGAGCCAGAGGUCUGGCAUAUUAUCUCAAAAAGCAUGGCUUCAAGCGAGUUGGCAUUCUGUGUACCAAUACUCCUGCAUUUCUUGAAUCGAUUUACGGGAUUGGUGCAGCCGCAGCGGUGAACGUCGCAAUCAACUACAGACUCAAGGAGGACGAUAUCACGUACAUCUUCGACCACGCUGAAGUUGACAUGAUCAUUGUUGACGCCGAAUUCCAACAUCUACUCAAUGGCUUCCGCAAACUCCAUCCAAAGGUCCCAUUCAUCAUCGAUACUGACACUGAUCAAGACACUGGACCAUAUGAUCAGGCUGUCUUGGAAGGCUUACAGGAGGACGAACGGAACGGAGGCCAUGGAUGGGCACGGCUCGAAACCGAGGUCGCCCAAGAGGACAGCAUGCUGGCGAUCGCAUAUACUUCCGGAACCACGUCACGGCCGAAGGGUGUAGAGUACACGCAUCGAUCAGCUUACCUCGCAUCUGUGGGUAAUGUCAUCGAAAGUGCCCUGAACACGCAUUCCUCAAAGGCUACGAGAUGCCAUUACUUGUGGACGCUCCCGAUGUUUCAUGCCAUGGGCUGGACAUUCCCGUGGGCAGUGACCGCCGUGAGAGGAACGCACUACUGCCUGCGCAAGAUCGAAUACCCUUACAUCUGGAAGCUGCUCAAAGAGGAGCACAUCAGCCACUUCAACGCCGCACCAACCGUCAACACCCUCCUCUGCGCGGAUCCCAAUGCAGAGAAGCUUGAGGACCCCGUCCGGGUGACCGUCGCCGCAUCGCCUCCGACCGCCCACCUCUUCGAAACAAUGGAGAACCUCAACCUACGUCCCGUCCACGUCUACGGUUUGACGGAGACCUACGGACCUAUCACCAAGGGCUAUCAGCUGCCAGAAUGGGACAACCUGGACGUCAAGGAGAAGUACGCCAAGAUGGCGAGGCAAGGUCAUGGAUCUGUUGUCUCACUCCCCGCGCGUGUGAUCAAGACCAAGAUGGACGAGUCCGGUGCGUGGGAGAACACUGACAAGAUCGAGAAUGUGGCCAAAGACGGGAAAGAAAUCGGUGAGAUCGUCUUCGUCGGCAACAUUUGCGCAAAAGGGUACUACAAAGACCCGGCUGCUACACGAAAGCUGUUCGCAGGCGGCGUGCAGCAUUCGGGUGACCUGGCGGUCUGGCAUCCAGACGGCUCGAUCCAGAUCCUCGAUCGCGCAAAGGACAUUAUCAUCAGCGGCGGCGAGAACAUAUCCUCUGUCGCGCUGGAGGGAAUGCUCGUCACGCACCCGGACGUUCUCGAAGCGGCGUGCGUGGCCGUCAAGGACGAGCAGUGGGGCGAGCGACCCAAGGCUUUCAUCACGGUCAAGUCGGGCAAGCAGGGAAGCAUCACGGGUGAGGAGAUUAUCUCGUGGGCGAAGAAUAAGAGUGGUAUUAGUCGGUUCAUGGUGCCGAGGGAGGUGGAAAUUCUGGAGGAGUUACCGAAAACUAGUACCGGCAAGUUGAGGAAGAACGUGCUCAGAGAUUGGGCGAAGGGUGCUGAGAGAGAUAUGAGUUAG